AUGUCAUCUAAUAAUCCUACAUCGCCUAGACGCCGGGAUUCGCGAUCGAGAGCACACCGUGAAUCAGACUCGCGUCGGCGACGACUCUCUGAUCUUGAGUCGCCUCGACCAAUGCAUCACCGCAGAACUAGCAGCCACACCAAGCUCGACCCGGAGCCAUACGUUUCUCGGAUCGCAUCCCCUGUUCCUCGAAUCACAUCGCCUUCAGACUACGAGCCCAUGAUGGGCGCUUCUGAUCUGGGCCGCAAGAAGAGUCUGAUUCGUCCUGAACGCACUAAGGUUGAUAGAGACCAUCCGCAAUACCACUACCGCAAGCACGCCCAAAAUAUGGCCGUCAUGCCCUCGACUACUGGUCACGAUCCGAUGUUGGAAGAAGCCGAGGCCGAGGCUGCUACCCUCAGUUCCGACGAUAUCGAGCUGAAGCAACUCAGUCAGAAAGGUCGUCCCGCCGAUGUGCCUGUAGGGAGAAGCGGGAGUCGUAAAUUGCAGCGCAAGGCUACUGCCGAGACUGCCGAGGAGAGGAAAAAGAGACAAAAACAGGCUGGUGCUACUCCACCCACACUCUGGGGCACUUACUGCCAUCUGAUCACCUUUUGGUGUCCUAAUCCCGUUCUCAAAUGCUUCGGCAUGCCUGAAAAGGCUCAGCAGCAAGCCUGGAGGGAAAAGAUGGGCUUGAUCAGCAUUAUUCUCAUGAUUGCUGCAUUCGUUGGCUUUAUCACCUUUGGUUUCACCGCGACAGUGUGCCCCGCUGGCUCAUCAUCACGCUUCCGUGUCAACAAGGUCGAUUCCGGCUAUAUGAUCUUUCAUGGCAAAGCGUAUGACUUGACGAAAUCGAAGCAUCCACAAGCCCGAGGCAUACAGCGAAACCAGAACGUACUCUGGGAUCUCUCUGUGCCAUAUGGAGGCAAGGAUGGUAGCUUCAUGUUUCAAAAUGUCAACGGAGCUUGCAAGGGCCUCAUCACUGCUGCCGAGGGCUCCGACGUUAAGACUGACAACGACGGCAAUCUUGCAUGGUAUUUCCCAUGCAACGCCUUCAACCAAGACGGAUCGAGCGAACCAAAUCUGACCAUUCCCUACUAUCUUGGCUACGCCUGCCAUACUUCAAAGCUUGCCCGCACAAACUUCUACGACCUGAAGUCUGGAGGAGAUGUUUACUUCACCUGGGAUGAUAUCAAGAACUCAAGCCGCAACCUCAUGGUCUAUGGUGGCGACGUCCUUGAUCUCAAUCUCCUCCGAUGGUUCAACACCUCUCAAGUCUCGUACCCUGCAAGAUUCGACGAGAUUCGAGAAAACGCCAACGUCAGAGGUACUGAUAUGAGUCUUGCAUUCUCUUCAGGCCAGGACAAGAAAAUUGCAAAGUGUUUCCAGGACAUCAUCAAGGUUGGAUCAAUCGACACCGAAACCGUUGGUUGCAUCGCCUCCAAGAUUGUCCUUUACGUUGCACUUGUCUUCAUUCUAUCAAUCGUCGUAGCCAAGUUCGUUCUUGCUCUCGCCUUCCAAUGGUUCCUUUGCCGCAAAUACGCCGCCGACAAAACUGCUUUCAGCGGCGAUGAGAAGAAGAGAAAACAGCAGAUUGAGGACUGGGCAGACGACAUCUAUCGUCCGGCCCCUAAGAUUGCUGAUUCUGUCGCGAACAGUAGUGAGCGCGCCAACAAGAGAGGCAGCUUCCUUCCCACCACUUCCAGAUUUACCAGUCCCUACGCCAUUGAAAGAUCGAUGGCACGUUCGCGCCCAGCAUACACCACGAUGGCAAGUCAGAGCUCAACUGCGCGCUUGAUCCCCGGCGCGAGCGUUUACGGUCAAGGCAAUCGUAGCGAGAACACGUUACAAGAGAGCCGCGCAAGUCUGAUGGUCCCCAACAGCAGUGAGAAGAGAUACUCUAGCGUCAUGGAAUCAGAUGGACCUGGUCCUCACGGCUUUAUUCAUGAAGCUGUUGUACCUCAGCCUCCUCCUGAGUGGCAGCCGUUCGGAUUCCCUCUUGCUCACGCUAUCUGCUUGGUCACUGCUUACUCCGAAGGGCCUGAAGGCAUGCGCACUACUCUUGAUUCUGUCGCCACAACUGAAUACCCUAACAGCCACAAGCUGAUUCUUGUGAUUUGCGAUGGUAUCAUCAAGGGCCAUGGUGAGACCAUGACAACUCCUGAAGUCGCCCUGAGCAUGAUGAAGGAGCACACCAUCCUUCCUGACGAAGUCAAGCCUUAUUCCUAUGUCGCUGUGGCCAGCGGAUCUAAACGACACAACAUGGCCAAGAUUUAUUCUGGAUUUUACGACUAUGGCGAGGAUUCUAUCAUUCCGAUCGAAAAGCAGGAGCGCGUGCCCAUGGUGAUCAUUGUCAAGUGUGGCACUCCUGAAGAAGCGACUCAAGCAAAGCCUGGUAACCGUGGUAAACGUGACAGUCAAAUCAUCCUCAUGUCAUUCUUGCAANAGGUCAUGUUUGACGAGCGUAUGACUGAGCUCGAAUACGAGUUCUUCAACGGUGUCUGGAAAAUCACUGGCAUCUCUCCCGAUUUUUAUGAAAUUGUUCUGAUGGUUGACGCUGAUACUAAAGUCUUCCCUGACAGUCUGACCCAUAUGAUCAGCGCUAUGGUGAAGGACCCCGAGAUCAUGGGCCUGUGUGGUGAAACAAAGAUUGCCAACAAGAGGGCCAGUUGGGUUUCAAUGAUUCAAGUUUUCGAGUAA